AAUUUCAGAGUUUUCUUUUCGUCCGUCGUGUGUGCGUGUUGCCUUGCAUUCGAGUUGGCGUUGCGAAAAAUCCCCUUAUUUGAUUGAUUCUGCUAACGAGGUAAUCCAACAGAGCAAACCAACCAAGGCAUACCAGAAACCCCACCAGAUUUACCCAAAAACAAUCGUUAAACGUCCAUUUCCAAGUGCCCUUGGCAACAAGUAAUUUUCCCCCCUCCAUUCACGGCAAAAUCUCUAGUGAAAUGCAGAACGGAAAGCCGAGAUCGGCGGCCAGGCCGUCGUACCACCGCCGUCCCAGAUCCGGAGUGGCCAGCACUUCCACUGAUAACUCUGCCGUCAAGCCGGAGGCCACGGACAACCACACGGGCAACGACGACAACGCCUGCGUGGUGUGCUUCAAGAACGUGGAAAUCUUCUCCAUCGGCGACUGUGAUCAUCCCGUGUGCUACGAGUGCUCCACUCGGAUGAGGGUGCUCUGCCAGCAGAACGAGUGCCCCAUCUGCCGCCACGUCCUGUCCAAGGUUUUGUUUACACUGGAUAAGCUGCCGUAUCGCGAACUGGAGGCCAAUAACCGCUCUGAUUUCUACAGCAAGAAGUACCGCAUCGGCUUUUGCACCGCCGAGAUUCAGCAGCAAUUCUUCAAAUUGCUAGACCAUCCCUGCCCCAAAUGCGAUGCCCCUCCAUACCGCACGUUCCAAGGCCUUCGCAACCAUGUGCGCAGCGAGCACAGCCUGCUGUACUGUGACCUGUGCGUCGAAACCCUCAAGAUCUUCACCUUCGAACGGAGGUGCUACACUCAGGCGGAGCUGCAGCUACACAACACCAAGGGCGAUCCGGACAAUCGGUCGCAUCGCGGUCAUCCGUUGUGCGAAUACUGCAAGAAACGCUAUUUGGACCGUGAUGAGCUGUUUCGGCAUUUGCGCCGCGAGCACUACUUCUGCCACUUCUGCGACGCCGACGGCUGCAAUGAGUUCUACAAUGACUAUGCGGAUCUGGCGGAUCAUUUCCGGGCGGAGCACUUUCUCUGCGAGGAGGGCAAGUGCGCCACCGAGCAGUUUGUCGGCGCUUUCCGCAACGAAAUCGAGUACAAGGCCCACGUGGCCAACGUGCACGGCAAGUCGCUCAACAAGCAGCAGGCCAAGCAGACGCGCACCUUGCAGCUGGAGAUUACGUUGGGGCCUCGUGGACGAAGCGGGCAGACGGAGCAGGGCAUAGCCAACAUGAGAGCCAGGAAUGACGAGCACAACGACUACCAGUCCGAUUUGCCAUCGAGUAGCCAGCGUCAUGUGAGCAUUGAUGCUGGCAACGAAGAGCAGUUUCCCACAUUGAGAGGCGCUUCCACAGCUCCCAGCGUAUCCUUAGUGAGACCGCCGCCGCCCUCGAUGCGCAAUCUUAGUGGAUCUUCGGGACUUGCUCGGACCAAGGAAAACUUCCCGGCUCUGGGAGGGGGAAAUGGAGCUAGCAACGCCGGGCCGACCAGCAGCAACCUCGCCGCCCGAGCUGCUCAGUCUCAACAUCCCGUGGCAGCUGUCUUUAAGAAACCCACAAGCGCGGCAAACUCUGGCAGUCGAAGUGGGUCUGCCAGUAACGGAAUGCUUCUGCAUGUGUCAAAUCGACCGGCAGCUGCGCCAAAGAAGGCAGCCGCACCGCAGCUAGACUUCCCUGCAUUGCCGGGUAAGGGGAACAAGAAGAACCUGCGGGACCUAGAGGAGGAUAUGCUGCCUAGCGGAUCUGCAGUGCCCAUGGCGAACAUCUCAGCUAAGCAUCGGUCUCUGGCCGAUGACUACGUGUCAGUGGCUAACCCGAGCACCUUCCAAAAGCUUCAAAUGGUACAAAAGGAGGAGGACGAGGCCAAAGCGCGUCAGGCGGCUUUGAAGAAGAGUGCGCCCAAACUCACUGCGUCCGAAUUCCCUAGUCUUGGACCGAGCGCCAGCGCCAGCUCGAGCAGGGCGCCUGCUCCGAAGCCAGCCAGUGGAUCUCCCUCAUUGAACUGGUCCAAGCCAGCUUCCGAGAAAAAGCAACGUGAGCUGGAGAAUCGCAAGGCCAAAGUGGCACCGGCCCCGGUAUUGCCGAGUCCAACAUCUAGACCGGCUCCCAAGGCCAGCAAUAACAAUGUCCAAGAGCAGCAGACGAAUAAAAAGGAUAAGAAGCAGAAGGAUAAAAAGAGCAAUCAGGAGAAUCAGCCCAAGACGGGCAAACAGAAGGAAAGAAACAAUAACAACGAACAAAAAACCAAUGGUGCUCAAACUACGCCUAUACGUUCUCCGCCCGGUUUAGAAUCUGGCGGAUCGCUUAAACCACCACCAGGAUUCGUGUCCAACGUGACUGUCAACUCGGUGGCCAAGCUGCCCAACAAUCUCACGUUCACCAGUUCUCUGGGCGAGUCGUAUAACAUUGUACCUAGUCCCUAUACGUACACCGAUCCACCAGAUACCGGGAUCAGAAAUCAGAAAUUGGUUGAUGAGGUUAUGUCCUUACUCAAGACCCCAGAGGCACUGAACGAAUUUCGCUUGCUUUCGUCUAAGUUCCGGGACGGAUCCUGUACUGGUCAAGCCUAUUACGAGCACUGCCAGUGCGCCAUGCUGAGCUCAUUUUACAACCUGUUCCCGGAGCUGCUGGCCAUGCUGCCAGACAUAAGCAAACAGCAGGAACUGUACCUAGUGCACAAGCAACACCUGAACAGCUUGUCGCCAGCUCAGCGCAAAUCCGUGCCCACACUUGAAGUUUGCAAGGUAUGCAAACAGAUCCUCACCAGCGCCGACUUAAAGGGCCACCAGCAGGCGCAUGAGCUAACCAAAAACUUUCCCGUACUCGGAAGCUCAGCUUCCAACACGCACCGCAACUGAGGCGGUGGGAUCGUAGGACAACAAAAGCUUUAUCCCUGUAUAUUUUCUAUGUAUAUACCGUUUCAACCAUCUAAAAGCCAGGUCCCCAGGUCAUGUUGUGAGUGGAAAUCCGAGAAAGAACUAGCCGAACUAUAUCACCCCACAAAGCACGACCCACGAUGCCCUCUGUUCCAAACAGAAGCAUAGUGAGUCACCUGUUGGUCGGGGAUGCGUUUUUAAUAUCUAGCAAAUGCCCGCAACCUAAUAAAGUUCAAAUCAAUCACAAUUGUUUCGUAA